UUCGGUUAAAAAAGAUCUGCGCUUGGAUGGGCCGUAAAAGCCUCUUCGCCUCCUCGUCUCGCCGCAUUGCCCAAGACCAGCCCUGCCACGUGCGCAGCCACCGGCGAGUCGGCGGCGACCUCGCUCUCCGGCCUUCUCCCCCCCUCGCCAUCGCCGGCCGCGAUGCGCAACUCCGGCGAACUGAUCCUCCCGGGUUGCCCGCCCCCGAUCCGCGUCUUCUCAGCCUCCAUUCACCGUCGGUGUGGUGGCUUGGCUUCGCUCGCAUCACCUCACCUCGCCCUCGUCGCUGGCGUCGCUCAGAUUCGAUCCACCUUCUGAUGAUCCCCUUCCCCCAAAUCAAUAGUCCUGUUCCAUUUGUUUUUUCGGUCUUGAACUAUUAGAUUGUUCCUCUGAUUCUUGAUGCUAGUAUAUUUAUUUAUAGCUGUAUAGUUUCAACUUAAUGUGCACUGCAUAUUUAUGAUGGAUAAUGCAAUGUUCAUGGCUUGAUGCAACCACAGAGUUAUUAAGACCUUUGUUGAUGUUCUUCUCCCAAACAGCAUGUAUACAAGGGGGUUUGAUUUUCAUUUCACUGUUACCUUUGGUAACCAACAAUUGCAGUGGUAAGUUUAUUAAGGGUUAAAAUUUUCCAGUUUAUCCCAAGCAGGCCAGUUAUUUAGUAGUUUUAAUCCAGUGCAAUUAAAAGAAGUUACCCUACUACUACAUUUUCCUUCUUCCACUGUGUGAUUGUUUUUUUGGUCGUGUGUGCUUUGGUGUAGAAGCCGGAUGCUUUCCUUUUCUAAAUGAAAUCCCCAUAAUCUAGUAUCAGUGUACUAAAGGAAAAUAAUACUACAGAUACAACUUUCUACUAUGGUAUAACCCGUUUACAGACGAGAAACCGAUGUGUGAUCGCACGAAGAUAAGCACAAUAACCCUUUUCCACCUUUUCCCUUUGAUUAGUGAAUCUUUAUGUUAUUCUUGUUUUUGAUGCUUUUCACACGAAGAUAACCUUUUCUUUUUGUACAGAAUAACCAAAGCAAAAGAAGAGUGGUUGAGUGCAUGUCGGAGAGAGUGUGUGCCUAUAUUCCUGAGGAUUGAUGUUGUGGCAAGGUAGCUGGGCAGGACAGGCAUCGGUUCCAUGCUCUAGUUUCAAGGAAGACAUCGCUCCAAGUGCACGGUGGCUGCUUUUGCUGCGAUAAUCCCAUAACAUACAUCAACGGAGCUGACCGAUGUAAGAAGCCAACAUUAAACACUGCUAGUUACCAGCAGAGCCACCCUGAAAAGCUGAAAGCAAGAAAAAAUCUGAGAGAAGAGCAAGCUGACAUACAUCAUGGAGAUGAUCCUGGAUGCCCUUGCAUCCUACCUCGGCGAGCAGUUCGCCAAGAUGGUGAAAGACGAGGCAGGGAUGCUGCUUGGCGCUUCUGGCGAGGUCGAGAAGCUGACAGGCAUGCUGAGCAGGCUCAAGAAGUUCCUGGCCAACGCGGAGAGGCGGCACAUCACCGAUGCCAAGGAAGGAGAAUAUGUGCAUGAGUGGGUGAGGAAGCUCAAGGAUGCCAUGUACGACGCCACCGACAUCGUCGAUGACGUUCAUCUCAAGUCGGAGCAGCGGCGCGAGCGGUAUGCGUCUCCGUAUCCAGGCAGCUGCUCCAACUCCUCCUUGCUCUGGUGCUUGCAGGAUCCCCUCUUCGCCCACAGGAUCGGAAGCCGAGUGAAGGAGCUCAAUGAGAGGAUGGAUGGCCUCUUCAAGCAGGCUGAAGCUGACCAGCAGGCUGACACUGACCGACUCAAAUCCAGCUCAACCCCUGGCAACCCUCAUAGUGGCAACCCUAGGAGGACAGCCCCCGGGAUCAUCCACGAAGACAUCGUCGGUGACAAGAUUGAAGAAGAUAAGAGGAUGCUGGUGGACUGGCUCAUCAACCAUGACAAGAAGUAUCUGGUGGUUGCCAUCCAAGGCGUCGGUGGGAUCGGCAAGACCACCCUUGCCAAGAAGAUCUUCCAUGAUCAGGCGAUUCAAGACACCUUUGAUGUAAAGAUAUGGUUGAGUGUCACUCAGGACUUCAAUGAGGCUCAUCUUCUCAAAACCGCCAUUGCCAUGGCAAAGUCAGAUAAGCAACAAAUCCCUGCCGUUGAAGACAUGGCCCUGCUUGAGGAUGCCCUGGUGGAAGCCCUGAGAGGUAAGAUGCUGUUGCUGGUAAUGGACGACAUGUGGACUGAGAAGGCAUGGGACAAUGGGCUCAGAGUCCCAAUCACCAAAGCCUGUGCUCCAGGGACUUGUGUCCUUGUAACCACAAGAAAUGAAGAUGUUGCUAAAGUGAUGAAAGCUGCUCACACGCACCAAGUCACCAAACUAAGACUCGAUGAUUCCUGGACAUUGCUCCAGAAACAGGCUGCCUUGAGUGUAUCAGAGAUCGAGAUAGUACAAGAAUGUGGGAUGAAAAUUGCAGAAAAAUGUGAUGGUUUACCACUGGCAAUUAAAGUAAUAGGAGUUGUCUUAUGCAAGAAAAAUGCAACAAAAAUGCAACAAAAAAUGCUUGGGAAGAGGUUUUACGCAAUCAGAUAUGGUCAAAAAUGGGACUUCCUGAAGAACUAAACAAGGCAAUAUACCUGAGCUAUGAAGAUCUGAGCCAUAACUUGAAACAGUGCUUUGUGUAUUACUCACUAUUUCCUAAAGAUGAAAUCAUUGGUAUUGACAAAAUUGUUUCCAUGUGGAUAGCUGAAGGAUUCAUUGGUAAAGAUGGAUAUUCCGCACAGUCAGCUGGUCUAGAUUACUACAAGGAGUUAAUCAAGAGGAAUCUUUUAGAACCUCAGAAUGACUACUACAAUGAAGAACAUUGUAUCAUGCAUGAUGUUGUACACUCCUUUGCUCAGCAUGUUGCCAGGGAUGAAGCACUGGUGCUUCGGGACCCACAAAACAAUGGAAUUCUCUCUUCAUCAAAAUUUCGUCGGUUAUCUAUAUCAGCAGAGCAAAUAGAGUGGAGCAAUUUACAGAAUCAGCAUUGUCUAAGAACAUUGAUAUUGUUCGGAAACAUCAAGUUGAAACCUGGCGAUUCCUUGAGAAUUCUUCCAUCUCUACGGACAAUACAUGUAAGGAGUUCCAAUUUUUCUAUAUUGCAGGACUCCUUGUGUCACCUUAAACAUUUGAGAUACUUGGAGCUAAGGUACACAGAUAUAUCUGAACUGCCCCGCAACAUUGGUAGGAUGAAGUUUUUAGAGCACAUUGGUGUUCGUGGCUGUCACCGGUUGUCAAAACUUCCCAGCAGUAUCAUAAAGCUAGAUAAUUUGAGACACCUCAGUAUUGAUGAGACAAAAAUAAGAGCUAUUCCAAGGGGUUUUAGCAGACUAUUAAAUUUGGAUGUGCUAUGGGGGUUUCCGGUUCAUGGUGUUGCUCAGGGCACUGCAAAGCAUUACUGUACAUUGGAAGAUGUUGGCCCUGUUUCGCAGCUUAGGAAGCUUAAAUUAAAAGGUCUGGAGAAUGCACCUUCUAAAUCGGCUGCACUAGCGGAACUUGGAACCAAGAGUAGGCUGACAUGCCUGGAGUUAUGGUGCUCAAAUGAUGAGACCAAAGAUGCCAUCGUCACGGUUGAGCAGGAACAAAUUAAGGAGUUGUUUGAUCUACUUCGCCCUGCAGAAUGCUUAGAGGAGCUAACUAUUGGAGGCUAUUAUGGUGACACGGUCCCAGAUUGGAUUAAGAUGCCAGAGGCAGCCAUUUUUAAGGAUUUGAGACGGCUAAACCUACAAAACUUGGUUUCUUGUAUUCAACUCCCAGAUGGUUUAGGUCAGCUCCCCAAUUUGGACUUUUUCGUAGUCGAUGAUGCACCCUGCAUCAAGCAAAUUGGACAUUGCUUGCUCUUUGAACAAGGACAAAGAAAUAUGGACAACAAGAAGAGUUCAAGACAUGUUGCAUUUCCAAAGUUACAUGAGUUGCAUCUUAAGGGGAUGAUGGAAUGGAAUGAGUGGACAUGGGAGAAGCAUGUGGAGGCCAUGCCUGUUCUAAGCGUGCUUCAUGUCAAAGACUGCAACUUGAGCCAUCUUCCUCCUGGACUUCCUUACCAGGCAAGGGCUUUGAAGAGAUUAUGCGUAAUAAAUGCUCGGAACCUAAACUCCGUGGAGGGUUUCAGCUCGGUUAUCAAGCUUGAAGUCUAUGGCAACCCUAAUCUCGAGAGGAUUGUUGAUCUUCCAAGCCUGCAAAACCUAACCAUUGUGAACUGUCCAAAGCUGAUGUUGUUGGAUGGUGUUGCAUCAGUUCAGAUCAUGGAACUUGGGGACCACGGGAUGGAAACGCUCCCCGAGUACCUGCGACAUCUGACGUUACGACAUUUGAAGAUUGUUUGCAGCUUGAAUCUGCUCAGGUUGAUGUCGACCAAGCAUGAUGCAAGCAGGUCAGAGUGGGAGAAGAUCAGCCAUAUCAUGCAUGUGGAGGGAUUCGCUAGCGAUAACGGCGACGGCAUCUUGAGAUGGUACAUGUCCUACACAAGAGAUCCAUACAACCUGGAGACAAACAUUACAAGCAGAUAGCUCCACACCACCAGAAGGUGCAUCAGAAUAAAAUGCGAAGUUGAGGGAAGAACGCGAUCGUGAUGGGAAGGAUCAACAGGUAAAUUAAUCAUGAAAUGCCUGAUUCGGCCAAGAUGAUGCCUGCUAACUCAGCUCGUUGAGGAUUUCUCUUAUUCUUGUGCACAAGAAGGUGAUGGAAGAAUUGGCAUGGGAGGCAGGAGGAUUGAGGCCAUGAAUUCUAUCACACUUAAAAAUAUAUCAUUGGCCCAGGAAGUGCCAAAUUUCUCAGUUUUUAUACUCCUACUACAUAGCGAAAGUACUACUUACAAAAGAAAACACUGUAAAUAAGAACAGUUGUGUUCAUAUGCAAACAGAAACUAUAUAUAUUAUCAGCAGAAGUAAUUUAUGUCACAAAAUUUAGGGCA